UGCUAGUGCGCAAGCGCGAGCCUCAUUUCUCGUUUUUUCUCUCUCUCUCUCUCUCUCUCUCCCCCUCCCCCUCCCUUCCCCAGCCCGAGGGGUCCUGAGGUGACAGCGCCUGGAAGUGCCACUGGAGGAGCCGGAGGAGAAGAUGGACAGGGCCAGGCCUGGGCGUCGGCGUUCUUCGGCCGAGAUUGUCACAGAGGGAAAAAGAAAAAAGUCAUCAUCACCUGAUUUACAGGAGAUAACAAAGUUGUUGGCUGUAAAGUCAGAAGAUGUUCUUGCUCAGUCACCAUUGUCCAAACUCAGAGGCUCAGAAUGCUGGAAGCUCCCCAAAGGGUGGACAAGAAGCCUAAGAAAUAAAGUCAUCUGUCUAGACCACAAAACCAAAAAAGGUGUCCAUGGGCAUCCUGUCACUUCUAAGGCAUCACCAGAAAGGCAUCUCAGAGUUAUGUUGACGAAUGUUCUAUGGACGGACUUAGGACGAAAAUUCAGAAAGACCCUACCUAGAAAUGAUGCUAAUUUAUGUGAUACCAGCAAGGUGCAAUCAGAGUCAUUGCCUUCGACAUCUGUUGACAGCGUAGAGACAUGUCAGAAAUUAGACCCUCUUCACCAAAGCCUUAAUUUAUCUGAAAGACACUCUGCCCAUGUUAGAGAUGAAGUGAUGAGUGCUCAGAAACAGAAAUCUGGAAUACCCAGAGUUAUCUUGACGGAUAUCCUGCGAACGGAGUUAGGAAGAAAAUACUUAAAGAUCCCACCUAUAUCUGAGGCCAGUUUGAGUGGUACAGCCAGCCUGAAGUCAGAUCAACUUUCUUCAUCAUCUGAUGGCAGCUUAGAGUCUUGUCAGAAUGUAAAUCAUCACAAGAGCUUUUUAUCUGAAAGAGGCUCAAAACCAAGUAAGACAGAUAACAUUUCUGCAAAGAAGGCUCCGCAUGUGAAAGAAAAGCACAGAGCUGAUCGUGGCGUUCCUGUGACAUCUCAUACUCAGCUUGAAGAUUUUAAUCCUGAAAGUAAAGAGUGCAAUAAUCUUGAAGAGGGGACCAGAAACAAGAAGACUUCACGUUCUUAUUCAGAAAUGGAACACACUACAGUUUCCAGGAAGAGAAAGAAAAGGGUUAGAAGUCAUUUAUAUGAUUCUCAAAAUUCUAAAUCUUCUUUGGAUAAGUCAACAGAAUAUGUGAAAGAAGAAGAAAAUGACUCCACAGCCUCCAGUAAGCUUGAACAAUCAAGCAAAAGCUGUCACUGGGACCCAGCACCACCUAUAGGACUUACACCUGAACCUUCAGAGAGCAAGGCCACUACUAAUGUGUGCUCACUUGCUGUUCAAGAAGCAGGUGUCAGUACUGCCUCUGGAAGGGCCUGCUCACCCAGCAGAAGCCUGGAGAGUUCUGUUUCUCACAAUGAGGUGGAGAGUUCUUCCCCGACCGAGAAGGGCGAGGAGUUGACUAUAGAAGAAAAGUCUCUUGUAGGUGGAAACAGUGAAGAGAACCAAUUGUUGUUCUUAGCUGAACCAAUUGUUGUUUCCAGUGAUGAAGAAGGACCCUUUGAACAUAAGAAUUCAGUAAUUCUGAAGUUACAGCCUAAUCAAGAGUUUGAGAUUGCAAGUGAAAAUCAGGGGACUUCUGAAGUACAUUUUUCAGAACUACCACUGGGUGCAUGUGAAUCUGUACAGGCAUCAUCUGAAUUAUGUCCAUACAAUCCCGACAUGGAAAACAUUUCCUGUAUUAAACCUAAUAGUGAAGUGGAUCUGAAACUGGAUUUUGUAUUCACUUCUCUGUAUAUUGGUAAAAUAAAAGGAGCUUCAAAAGGUUGUGUCACGUUCACAACGAAGUAUAUUAAAAUCCCAUUUCAAGUGUCCACAAAUGAGGUUUUGCUGUCAGUGGACACCACUCAUUUAAAGAGGUUUGGGUUAUGGAAAAGCAAGGACGAUGAUCACAGUGGGAGAAGCCACGCUAUCCUCUUCCUCUGGGUUUCCUCUAAGUAUCUUCAAGAGAUUCAGACCCAGCUAGAAAAUCCCAUGUUAAGCCAGCAAUCAAAAGCCAGUGAAUUCAUUUUCCUUGAGUUAAACACUUCCGUUUCACAAAAAGAAGAAUUGAAAUUGAAAGAUAUUAUGAUGGAAAUAAGUAAGACCACUGGAGAAUCAGAACUCUCCUAUCCGUUGUCUUGGGUUCAGGCAUUUCCUUUGUUUCAGGAUAUUCCUUCAAAAGAAAGCUCUUUCGUUCACUAUUACUGUGCUUCAACUUGCUCUUUCCCUGUUGCUGCUGAUACAGAAACGAGGAGGAAAUCACUAUCUCAGCCCUCAAAUUCAGAUGUUGUCAAGCCUACUUACACUUUCCUACAGAAACAAAGCAGUGGUUGCUACUCACUUUCUAUUACUUCAAAUCCAGAUGAAGAAUGGCGAGAAGUCAGGCACACUGGACCCGUUCAGAAGUUGAUUGUUUAUCCUCCACCACCUACCAAGGGGGGCUUGGGAGUAACUAAUGAAGAUUUGGAGUGUUUAGAAGAAGGAGAAUUUCUUAAUGAUGUAAUCAUUGACUUUUAUCUUAAGUAUCUGCUACUGGAGAAGGCUUCAGAUGAACUUGUUGAACGAAGUCACAUUUUUAGUAGCUUUUUCUAUAAAUGUUUGACCAGAAAGGAAAAUAAUUUAACAGAAGAUAAUCCAGAUCUCUCAAUGGCUCAGAGAAGACAUAAGAGAGUGAGGACGUGGACUCGUCACAUAAACAUCUUUAAUAAAGACUACAUCUUUGUACCUGUAAAUGAGUCGUCUCACUGGUAUCUCGCAGUCAUUUGUUUUCCAUGGUUAGAAGAAGCUGUGUAUGAAGAUUGUCCACAGACUGCAUCCCAGCAGUCCCGGGAUCAACAAUCUCAACAUGACAACAAAAUAAUAGACAAUGAUGUGCGUCCCACUUCAGUGGUGUCCGCAAGUGCCGAGGAUUCCCAGAGUACCGAGAUGAGUGUAUCAGUACCAAAGAAAAUGUGUAAACGGCCAUGCAUUCUCAUAUUAGAUUCCUUGAAAGCUGCUUCUAUACAAAACACAGUUCAGAAUUUACGAGAGUAUCUAGAAGUAGAGUGGGAAGUUAAGCGAAAAACUCACCGUGAAUUCAGUAAAACCAGCAUGGUGGACCUGUGCCCUAAAGUUCCUAAGCAGGACAAUAGCAGCGACUGUGGGGUCUAUUUGCUGCAGUAUGUGGAGAGCUUCUUCCAGGAUCCCAUUGUUAACUUUGAACUCCCAAUUCACUUGGAGAAAUGGUUUCCUCGCCAUGUAAUAAAGACCAAGCGGGAAGAUAUUCGAGAGCUCAUUUUGAAACUUCAUUUGCAGCAACAGAAGGGCAGCAGUAGUUAGUUAAUCUGUGCAGACAUGGCUCAUGCUCUCUAAAUUUACUGGCAAGCGGCUUACCAGCAUUGUGUCAGCUUAGAGAGAAGAAAGUAACUUGCAGUAGUUCAUAAAUUGUUGAAAUGUAUAUGGUAUCUUGUUUGAGUCGUUGGGCUCUCACAGCUGAAGGUGUCAUAGAAGCACUUAUAAGAUAGAAAUUAAAAUUUCAUAAAUAUAUUUUUAUGAUUAAAUAUGCUUGGAUUAUGCAAUAGCGUAUGUAAUGUGGGAAUGUUUUCGUAAGUAAUAAACCUCUGUGAUCUGUACUUCCACAUGACUGGGUGUUGAUGGGAGGUGGGUUCUCCCUGGUGCCAGCCCCAGCACUUGUCAGAUUUGUUGGCAAGUCACAUCAUAUUGUAACUCUGUUCUUUGCAGCUCAAGCAUGCAGUAUGAAUACUGUGUAUUUUUUUUAAAAAAGAACUUAGUAUCAAGGCUUCAGAAAAUGCCAUUCACGGCAUCCCUUCUGUAUAGUAUGAAAAAAAGGAAAACCAUUAGAUACAAAUUUACCCUUUCAAAGUGCAGCUUAUUCUUCUCAAUUGCUAAAUGCAAUUUCUCCGCUCUGACUGUCCCCUCCCCCACUUCUUCACAUGUCACAUAGAGAGGUCUGAGAAGUGAGUUCAUUUGUUCAGAUAAAAUGUGGAACACACUUUAAGUACCAAAUAAGUUUUCAAAAAUUAUGUAGCUAAGCUUUGUUAAUUUGAGGUAUAGCUAUAUAAAUAUUCAUUCCUACAUUACCCUAGAAUGUGUGUAUACAGUUUCUAUAAAAGAUAAAAUUGGUGUCCUCAUAAUUUUAACAUAGAAAAUACUUUUAAACUUCUAUUUAUUAUUUAGAACCAAAUAUGUAAUUUUAUAGUUUGGUUACCCACGAUUCAUCUGCAAAGCCAGAUUUCUCAUUUCUUUUCUAUUUUUAAGUUAUAGUUUCUAAAGAUUAUGAUCCCCCAGGGAUCUCACUCAUACAGCACCCAAUAUUUUAUUAAAUAUUCAGGUAACAGUUCUACUGGAUUUAUGUGAUGAUGGUGGUAUUAUCUAUUAAGCAGAAAUAUUUUUAGGGAUAUACGAUCAUAUUGUUUUCUCAGAUAAUGGAUUUUAGAAUAUUAUUUUAAACAUCUCUUGCAUUCACAGUUAUAACUGUUGUAAAGCAUUUGAAACAAAGGCAAAUUAAGAUAAAACUAAGAAGUCUGAAGGUUUUAUUUCAAAAUCAAGUGACUUGGGUUGCCAGUUAGCCUUAGUGUCCUCAGAUUCUAUUGGUCUUGUCUCUCUUUGCACUGUUCAGGAUACAUGGCUUUUGGAGAUUUUACAUGAAAGUGCUUAUUAACUGCAUAUUUCAUUCCCAACUUAUGUAUGUUGGCGAGAAACUUUUUUUUAAAAAGUGGCUGUUAAUUGUUUUGUACAUCUAAUUUUGGAAAGCAAGUGUAUAAGAGAUCUUGUAACUUCUGACAUUUUCUGUUUGUGUGUUUUUCAAAGAUACCACUGUCCUUCAUCAUGUUUUGGAGACUGUUUAAAAUUUGUUUUCCUAAAUUCAUGUAGAAAUAAUGAUUUGAGGAUGUCAACAUUUUAUAUUAAACAUGUUUUCAAUUCAUUAAA